AUGGCCGCACGGACCGAGGAGUGUACUGUACCGAUCCCAGAAUAUGGGGAUUUCAGCCGCAGUGGUUGGGAAUCGUGGUGGCCUGAGAGCGUGAAUGACGUGGCAUUUGUGGUGGAGGAUGACAUGGAGGUUUCGCCGCUGUUUUAUCGAUAUUUGAAAAGGCUUCUUGGAGUGUACUACUUCAACGCGUCCAAUUUCAACCCGAGCGUGUAUGGGGUCUCCCUUUCAACGGCAGUUCUUCAUUGCGGGCUUCAACAAUGGCCACAGUGCACGCUUAUAAGCCGCCUCAAAGACACCUUUUCCUCCUUCGACCGCAUCAAACCCCCCCUUCACACCUCCCUUUCAACACCCCCCCAUCGCACUCCCCCUUCACACCCCCCUUCACAAACCCCUUCCUCAGGCUUCAGUAGUGGUCUUAACGUGCUUCAACAGUGGUCUGAGUGUGUACGACCAGCCGGACCCCUUCCUCUACCAGCACGUGUAACCCAUCCCUCUCCUCUCCUCUCUGCAUCAGUGUUCCUUCCCUGUUUGUUCCCUCCCCAACCCCCCCUCCCCUGCCUCCCCUCUUCCCCAGGCUUCAACAGCGGGCUGAACGUGUACGACCAUCCGGACCCCUUUCUCUACCAGCUAGUCGGCACAUGGGGCCAGUUCCUCCUCCCAGCCCCCUGGAAGCAGUUUCGCCUCUGGUACGACAUGCGCCGCUACAACUCCACCCGAGAACCCUCACUCGACGGGCUAAAAACCACAGUCUGGUUUAAAAAUAAGGGGAAUCGCCUCUGGACCCCCUGGAUUAUCAAGUGGGCGUAUGCCAAGGGUAUGUUCAAUCUUUACCCCUCGCCGCCCGGGAAUCUUUCGCUCUCGAUCUCGCACCGGGAGAAAGGGUCGAAUAUGCCGAAGAACCCGGGGGGCCGAUGCCGCCCUUUUGACCCCCCAGGAAGCUGGCUGCCGCCCUGGCUGCUGCGUCUUCAUCUGCUGCGUCUGGCUCAGCAGGAGGGGCGGCAGGGAGGGGUGCAGCUGGCGCUACAGCCGGAGGGGCGGCAGGAGGGUUGUAGCAGGAGGGGCGGAUGUAGCAUGGGCGCGGUCGAUCAGGGCGUGGUGGGUUCGGCCUCUUGCCGGUGCUCCGGAGGUUGGAGCGGCAUGAUCUAUGUUUCCCGGCAGUUACGCUGGUUACCACCUGCGAAAACGCUGGAGGAGUUUCAUUCCUGCUGA